CUCAGUUUAUAUAGUACUUCGGUAGAGAAGGCACCGUAUCUGUUGUCCUAUAGCUCUGCAUAUUAAUAUUUUCGGUUGUGGAAAAAAUUGUGUAAUAAAUGUUUAUACAGGAUGCGUCAGGCCGCAACAUCAGCACAGAUCGCGCACUGGUUCACUGUUGGGGCACAGUUUGCUAACAUUACGAUUACAGACGAAGUAAAAAAGGAAAGCGAGUCCGGUACAAGUUUAACAGACAGGUCUUUCGAGUCGACCCCCGAGCAGAGCUCUCCAGGGAAGGAAAUAUCGGAUGGAGGAAACCAGAAGGGCAGGAGGCCAGAACUGAUAAUAGGUCCGGGGACCCCCCCUCCUCAACUCGGUACCUAUGAAUAUCCAAAUCUUCCUAUUACUAAAAACAGACAGGAGUUGGUCUCUCUGAUUGAGAAUAACUCCGUCAUCAUUAUACGUGGAGCAACCGGAAGUGGGAAGACCACCCAGCUGCCACAGUUCAUUCUGGAUCAUUAUGCAGAGCGGAACAUGCCUUGUAACGUGGUGGUCACACAGCCACGCAAGAUUGGUGCCACCAGCAUUGCCCGCUGGGUUGCACGUGAACGCAAAUGCACCCUGGGAAGCUUGGUGGGAUAUCAGGUGGGUUUGCAGAAAAUGGCUACAGAACACACCAGACUGAUUUAUGUGACGACAGGAGUCUUACUUCAGAAAUUAGUGGGGGCCAAGACACUGACAGAGUACUCGCACAUCUUUAUUGAUGAGGUUCAUGAGAGAACAGAAGAUCUUGAUUUUCUGUUGCUGGUUGUUAGAAAACUGCUUCGCACCAAUUCCAGAUAUGUCAAGGUCAUUCUGAUGUCGGCCACCAUAAACUGUGCUGAGUUUGCAGAAUAUUUUGGCACACCAAUCCGCAAUCAGAUGAAUCCAGCCUACGUGUUCGAGGUGGAAGGAGCCCCAUACGCCGUUGAAGAGUUCUACCUGGAUGACCUAAAAUCCAUACGGCCUCUGGGAGUCAAUGUGCACUUGACAGCCCAAGGCGACCCUUAUAUUUCUGAGGAGAUGUAUAAUGUGGCUGUUUCUCUCAUUCAAAACUUUGAUGAGAUGGAGGCUGGAGAUCAAAGGUGCUCGGAGCGGACUGGAUGUGCUACUCAUCUAGAGAGAGGCAGUGUGCUUGUCUUCCUGCCUGGACUGGCUGAAAUUCAAUAUAUGCAGGAGGCUCUCUCAAAACUUGUGCGCAAGAGAUUGCAAGUGUAUCCUCUUCACUCUUCAGUCACUUUAGAGGAACAAAAUGGAGUGUUCCUGGUUCCUGUACCUGGGUAUAGGAAGAUUAUUCUCUCCACAAACAUUGCAGAGAGCUCUGUCACUGUGCCGGAUGUCAAAUAUGUGAUUGAUUUCUGCCUUGCACGACAGUUGGUGUGUGAUAAGGAAACCAAUUAUAGAUGCCUAUGUAUUACCUGGGCAUCAAAGACCAGUUGCAACCAACGCCGAGGUCGCGCCGGACGGGUAUCUAAAGGGUUUUGUUACCGGUUGGUGACCAGGCGGUUCUGGGAGGAUGAGAUUCCAGAUUUCUCAAUCCCAGAGAUGCUGCGAUCACCAAUGGCCAGUACCUUACUGAAGGUGAAGUUGUUGGAUAUGGGUGACCCCCGUUCUGUUCUCUCCACGGCCCUGACGCCACCCAACCUUGGCGAUAUAGAAAGGACCGUCCUGCAACUCAAACAGAUCGGAGCUCUUUCUGUUCAAAGCAACAGUCUGAGGCAGUUUGAUGGAAAUUUGACAUUUCUGGGUCGUGUGUUGGCGCACCUGCCCGUGGACUUGCAGUUGGGAAAGCUAAUCGUACUUGGCCAUGUGUUCGGUUGUCUGGAGGAGUGCCUUAUUAUCGCUGCAUCACUUUCUCUGAAGAGCUUCUUUGCAAUGCCAUCCCUGCAGCAUCUGGCUGGGUACAGGAGUAAGUUGGCUUCUGCACAAAAUGUUCCCUGUGACUUCAUCGCUUUCGUCAACGCCUUUAAGGCAUGGUACACAUCUAGAGCUAAAGGAGAACUCAGGCACCCAAAGGAUGAACUUGAAUGGGGCAAAGAGAACUGCAUUCAGAUCAAACAAAUCAGAGAGGUUGCAGAGCUCUUUGAGGAUUUGAAGAAUAGAGUGUCCAGAUUCAACAUGCACAUCACCACUACUUCAAACCCAACAGACUACACCAACCUUCACAAACAGAGGUUUAUCCUGCAGGUGGCUAUCGCAGGUGCAUUCUUCCCAAACUAUUUCUCUCAGGGAGAGAUUGAUGAACAGUUGGCAUCAAAGGAACUUUCUGGAAAUGACCCAAAAACCACCAUCAUGCUUAGGAAUUUGCCUCCGUUUGCGUUCCUGUCUUACAAGCAGCUACAGUCUCUGUUCCGUCAAUGUGGACAGGUGAAAUCCAUCUGUUUUGAUGGGUCCAGAGCGUAUGUAGAGUUUUACCGCUCAUGUGUGAGGGAGUCAGGCGUGCUACCUGAGGUGUUGCUGGCUUUGCUGCGAGCACGACAGACUCCAGGUCUACAGCUGCAGGUGCACCACACAGACGAGGUGGAGGUCCAAGCUAAAGGAAAGCCCAUUUCACACCUACGUUUUGCCAGGAUUAUCGUGGAUGUUCAGAGUCAUGUUGUAUGUCCUGUUGGAGUUCUAAGCAACACGGUAGAUCCAGAGAAAAUUCCAUCCAACAGAGAGUUCAUCAUUAACAUUACAGAGGUGAUAGAUGUAGGCCAUUUUUGGGGCUUUCAGACAGAUGAGAGCAGUGUGGAAAAACAGUGCCAGUUAACCGCAGCGUUGAACAUGAGAGAUCUGCGACCCAUGUCUGUCUCUCUGUACCCAAACCUGCUUUGUGUGGCACCCUUCACAGACACACAGCAACCAGCCAAAUACUACAGAGCCAAAGUACUGCACAUACUGGGCAGCAACGUAGAGGUGUUCUUUGUGGAUUUUGGGAACACGUCUAAGGUCCCAUGCAGCAGUUUGAGAGAGCUCCCAUCUGACCUCAUGACCUGGCCUUUUCAAGCGCAGGAGUUUUGCCUUGCGGGUAUGGGUCCGUCUGCGCAGUCACUGAUUCUGGGCGAUCGCUGGAGCAGUCGGGCACGAAACCGCUUUAAGACACUCGUGGGCGGCCACUCGGCCAUCGUGUCCCUCUACUCUAUUUUGCACGGCGUCAUGCGUGUAGACCUGCACAUCUCCACGGAGACGGGUGAUGCCAGCGUGGCUGACCUGCUGGUGCAGGAAGGACAUGCCUGCCACGUACCAGAAAGCUUUGAGAGUCAGCAGUCACAUGAGGUUCUGAUGUCACUUUAUCAGGAUAUGGCAAGAGGGAGAUUUGCCCCCACCUCUACUGGUUCUUCUGUUAACAGCAGGAUGGAGGAAGACAAACAGCUUAUCAAUGAGCUCCUUCAGCACUUUUCUACAUCUAGUGGCAGUACCCCCAAAUGCAAGGCAGUGAUUCACGGUCCAAGCAGUCCACAUAAGGUCAGUUUUCACAGCAUGACCACGGCCAGCCAAUUUAGGACUGUUGGGAUAGAGAGGAACAGUAUUAACUCUGUAAUGGUGAACGAAAAUCCCCAAGACUGGCAUGAGAGGAUGUUGGUGUCUGCAUCCGUGUCUCUCGCCGCCUCAGGUUCUCGUAUCAUGUUGAAGGAAACGUCUCUGAUGCCUCAUAUCCACGGCCUGCCCUCUCUUGUUACUAUGCUCUUCACCCCUGUCAUGGAAUUGCGCACUGAUGAAGAUCAGACAUAUUUUACUGGUGCUCUUUGUGGACUGGGCUGGAACUCUGUAUCUGAACAGGCGGUGCUUCCCGAGCAUGACAUUGAGCUUGCCUUUGAUGUCAAAUUUACAAUUGAAGACAUCAUAGAGAUAAAUGCAUUGAGAGGUACAGUGAACAAGCUUGUGUGUGAGGGACCAGAUGGCCUGCUUCACUUGAGCACUGACAGGAUCAGCAAACUUCAGGAGGAGGCACGCGACCAGCUUAUCAGACUCUUCAUUAAAAACCCUCAGAGAGCCGAGUGCACACCUGUGUACUUUGACAAACCCAAGAAAUGGAACUUGGUGGACCGCUCCCAGCAGAUGGAGCUACAGCAGAAGGAUGAUGAGAAAUCCAAAGGUGUUUUGUUUCAGCUGCAUCCCAUCACCCUACUGAACAUGUGAGGCAGCACUAAAACCUUCAGUUUUGAAUAAUGCUUACAGCUGAUUGUAGUUGUUAUUGUUUGUUACAAAGUGUUAUGCAGUUUUAUUUCAGCUUUUGUUGUUAAUUAUUUAAAGCAAAAUUCUAUGUUAAUGUUUUAAGAAAAUCUUUUCAUUUAUUGAAGUUUGUCGACCCCUGUUGGGCUAUGCAGUAAACAAUUUCUGAAGCAUUGUAUAUAUUCUGUCAUUGGGUACAGUUCAAGGUAUGCAGUAAACAAAUUCUGUAUUGAUAUACAUGCUCUUAUCAUUAUGACUACUAUAACAACACCCACCAUGCCUUUUACUUUAUUCAGGGUUCUCACACCUUAGUUAACUUUAAAUUCAAGGACUUUCCAGGUCCAAUACCCUCAAAUUCAAGACUAAAUGUGGGGACACAUUUCAAGUGAGAGCAAGGUUACAUCGUGUUACCUUUUAACUCUUUCCCCGCCAUUGACGAUAUAUCUCGUCAAUUAAGAGAAAACGCUUCCCCGCCAAUGACGAGAUUUUCCGUCUUUCCGCAAUACCGCUAUUAUCCACCAGGUGGCGCCCUUCCGCAACUUUUUAAAACCGGAAGUAUUGCCCUAUGGCAAGCUGCUGCAUGUCCGUGUCUGUUUUAAAGAUCGCUCUGAAUGGGAUCUCUAUGAAAAGUCCGUCAUAAAUAUGGAAUUAUUUUUGCUUUUUGCUCAAAAUAUGGUGUUUUUGCAAAAACCUACCCAUAUUCAAAAGCUGAUUGCAA